AUGAGUGGGAGAGACGAUGUUCGCCCCCCCCCCACCCGCCCCCCGCCAGAAGAUGUCUCUGAAGUUAUUUUGGGACAGGUUUUGACUGCAGGCCAAGGACAGAAUCCUGCCCGUCAGGCCAGCGUGGCAGCAAGCAUUCCCUAUUCGGUGCCAGCAUGGAGCUGCCAGAUGAUCUGUGGUUCCGGACUGAAGGCCGUGUGUUUAGGAGCACAGUCCAUCCUCACGGAAAACGCCAGGAUUGUAGUAGCAGGCGGCGUGGAAUGCAUGAGCAAGGCUCCACAUGUGGUUCCAAUGCGAGUUGGGGUCAAAGUAGGAGACAUGUCCCUUCAGGAUACCAUUCUGUGUGAUGGCCUAAUGGACGCCUUUUAUAACUAUCACAUGGGUGUAACAGCUGAGAACGUGGCGAUGCAGUGGCAUGUGAGUCGAGAGGAGCAGGACAAGUUUGCUGUACAGUCCCAGAACCGAACUGAGGCAGCACAGAAAGCUGGCUAUUUUGAAAAAGAAAUUGUUCCUGUCUCCGUCCCUUCCAGGAGAGGGCCUAUCGAGGUGUCAACUGAUGAGUUUCCCCGUCACGGAAGCACCUUCGAAGCCAUGUCUAAACUAAGGCCGGCUUUUGCAAAGGGCGUAUCUGGCACUGUCACUGCUGCUAAUGCUUCAGGUCAGCAGAAAGGGGCCGCAGCUGUGAUUCUGAUGAAGAAAUCAGAAGCUGACAAGAAAUGCCUGAAACCUUUGGCUCAGAUUGUAUCUUGGGCCGAGGCUGGUUUGGAUCCUGCCAUUAUGGGAGUCGGGCCUAUAGCAGCAAUAAGGAAGGCCGUAGAAAAAGCCGGCUGGACGCUGGAUGAAGUUGAUCUCUUCGACAUCAAUCAAGCUUUUGCAUCACAGUCUGUAGCUGUUGUCAAGGAACUGGGUAUAAACCCAGAGAAGAUAAACAUCCAAGGUGGAGCUAUUGCUUUAGGUCACCCUCUGGGAAUGUCUGGGUGCCGCAUUCUGGUUACACUUCUCUACGCACUGGAGAGAACAGGAAAAAAGCGUGGCAUUGCUUCUUUGUGUAUAGGAGGUGGAAUGGGAAUAGCUAUGUGUGUUGAAAGGCAAUAAAUUACACCUAAAUUU